UUGGAGGCUCAGAAACCACCUAGCAUCGAAAAGCUACAGAGAUGGCAGGGAAAUAUACAGCGUUACUUGUAUUAUUAUUUGCAGUACAAGCUCGCGGUGGUUUGUUAGACAUUUUCAACGCCAGUAAGGAUUAUGAUUUGGCGGAAGCGAUUGAUACAUUUUUAGCAACUUCUUACAAUAACAGAGACGCCCUGAGACAUGGAUCAUCGAGUGCCCCAAUCGAAGAAGAUGUAACAUUUUGGUGUGGAAAACGAGGUUCGCCAGAUUUGAAGCAAACUUUUGUGAACGACGAACAGCUAGGAGAUAAAAUUGAUCUCACUGGUCCGAUAUCAUUCAUAAUUCAUGGAUGGCUGGAUAAUGGCACUCAAAAUUGGUUCCAAAAUAUGGCUCAGGACGUUUUAAAAUACACGGAUCCAAGCGUGUGUACUGUACGAUGGGCGAAUCUUGGUCAAUUUGAAUAUUUCACAGCCGCAAGGAAACACACUGAGCUUGUGUCUGACUAUCUAACCAAAUUUAUUCUCAAUCUAAAUGAAGCCGGCAUUCCACUGGAGAAAGUAACCCUCAUUGGUCACAGCUUGGGAGCGCAAAUUAGUGGCCAAGUGGGAUAUAAACUGGAGGGUCGAAUUGGAACAAUCUAUGGACUGGACCCGGCUGGACCUUUAUUCACCAUGCCAAGGGAUCGCGGGCUGCAAUAUCGAUUGGACCGCAGUGAUGCCAUGUACGUGCAGACAAUUAUAACCUCAAGAGCCACAAUGGGAGUAGCAUUUGGAGAUGGACACGAAAAUUUUUACCCCAACGGUGGAGAUGCUCCGCAGCCUAAUUGCAUUCUCCCAUUGACAAGUGAUGCUGAGUUCUAUGAUCAAAUCGCGUGCAGCCAUCUGCAUGUAACAUCUUUGUUUCGGUAUGCAUUAAACCCAGCAAUACAGUACAAAAGUCGAAAAUGUGAUUCGUUGAUUUCAUUCACCCUGAAAAAGUGUAUUUUGAAUGAGCAAAACUUCCUGGGUGCACAUAGCAAAAGAUCGAAAGGAGACUUCUAUCUGCAAACAUCACCAAAAGCUCCAUACAAUCGUGCGUUGUGAAAAUGUGUUAAAUUUUAGAUGUGAACAAUAUUUUCAAUGCUAGUGUUCAGGAAGCCAUUUGAUUUUUUUUUCUUGAGAAAAUAAACUGAUGAUCUUUUAAAAUGCA